AUGAUUAUAAUGUCUGAAGAAUUAACUACUAAGACCGACGAAUUAUCAUUGGACUCACAACCCACCACUGUGCUCUCCGAUAAGGAAGAAUUCACCGCAAAGCACCCCUUGAACAGCAAGUGGACAUUAUGGUACACCAAGCCUCAAACCAGUUCUAGUGAAAGCUGGCACGAUUUGUUAAAGCCUGUGAUAACUUUUUCAUCUGUCGAAGAGUUUUGGGGUAUUUACAAUUCGAUUCCAUCUGCCAACCAAUUGCCUAUGAAAUCUGAUUACCAUUUGUUCAAGGAGGGUAUCAAGCCCGAAUGGGAAGAUGAACAAAACUCAAAGGGUGGUAAAUGGCAACAUGCUUUCGCUAAGAAGUCUGAGCAAGCCAGUCAAAUCAAUGAAUUAUGGUUAAGAGGAUUAUUAUCCGUUAUUGGUGAAACCAUUGAAGAUGACGAAGACGAAGUUAACGGGAUUGUUUUGAAUAUCAGGUCUAAGGCUACCAGAAUUGGUAUCUGGACCAAGGAUUGUAACGAAGAGAAGUUGAGACCUGUUGGAGAGAGAUUCAAGAAGGUUUUAAGGUUAUCCGACGAUCAUAAGGUGGAAUUUUCUUCUCAUGAUGACGAAGCCAAGGAUAAGAAGAUUGUGUUGUAA